GCUCGUGAGGCGUGAUGCGAUUUUAGCAGCCGAAAUCGCUAUUUUUUGUGUAUCUUCAAUCAUUAAUCUUACAAGUUAAUCUUACAAGUUCAGUGGUGAAUCGAAAUCGCAGUUAAACUUUAAGCAAGAAUCCCCCGGUCAUGUCGGAUUCAGAUGGGAAAACCACACCAGUUAAAAUUAAAGAAGAACUUGAUGACGAUGAACCUAAACUAAUGAGUUUGGAGAAGCUAGACAGAGGAUCACCAGAAAUUUGGCCUGCCAAGGCCCCAUCGAUGCAUGAGUUCAAUACACCGAAUUUGAACUUUUCUCCACCGGCAUGGACGAAAGGCUUGACCCAGGACGACAUCAACUCGAUGUAUCAGUUGGGAGCUUUAUCGUCCAAUGGCAUUAUUGCCGAGGUGAAAAAACUAUACGACCAAGCAUACCAGCUGGGUGUGCAAGAAGCCAAGGAAAUGACGCGGGGUAAAUACUUAAACAUUUUUACAAGCAAUCGUAAGAAACCAUAACAAAAUGAGUAAAGUUUAGUUUUAGAAAUUUAUUUGACUUUUUUCAACAUUUUUACAAAAUGCUGGAACGAAGUGAAGAAUAUUUAGUUUUAGACCAAUUGUAUAGUAAGUUGCCUUGGUAUAAAUAUAAUUUAUAUCAUGUAAAA